AUGAAGAAUACUACCUGUCACCUCCCCAAUGGCCUCACCUUUAACGUCUCACCCGUUUUUGGUGGGGUCACCUUCAAAUCCACCGAUUUCAACGUGCAGCAAAACUCCACCUUUCCUCCAGGCUGGACGAUCAUUAUCAACACGGAGAAAGCGCAUGUAGAUGGCUCAGAACAAGAUCAAGAUGAUCGGAUCACGCGAUUUACCACUCCAACCUUGAAUCGCGACUCUCUUUACAUCUCCUAUAUCGUCAACCCACCAUCCAGCGACUUCAAGCCCGUGACUUCGCCCACGCGCCAGAUCGCCAUGAUGCUCUGGGCCACGCUGUGGUGGUACUUCCACGAGCCCCAGCCAGACCUGCACGUCGAGACCGCUGCCUCAAGCAUGAACCCGCGCGACGGCCGACCAAAGGGCGAAUGGCGCAUCAACAUCAAACGCGAGGGAAUCUUCAAAGGCCGCAAUCUGUUACAGAAACUCGAGCGCAUGGGUCUCAUCGCUACCGAAGACUCCACAGUAGGACUGCAACCUGUCGAGACAAGAGACUGGACCAGCUGGACCAACAUGUUCGUCAGCCGACGGAGCUUCUGGCAGCUCGACCCUCGUUUGUUCCUCUUCACACUUACUCCACGGGGGGCUCCCUCCACACCAACCUUCCAGUCCCGCAGCGCAUCGCCCACUCGCGAUGGUCUCCCUAAUGUCGCGGCCCUCUCGCUGGCCCCAACAGAAGCUACCUUCCACACAGCUAACCUCGCCCCCUUCACCUCCGCGGGCCCUUUCACUUCCGGAAGCCACCUGCCAACCUACUACCCGCCCGCGCCGACGCAAUACACGUCCACGGAUGGAGUUCGGCAUCCCAUCCGCCCGAAACCGCCUCAUCAAGGCGAGGUCUUCUAUGUGCGCUACAUCCCCAGUUUGAAGCAGUAUCUCUCGUUCCGUGUGCCAUUCGUGCCGAUGGUCAAGGCCGACGGUAGUCGACCAGGCACACCAGUCAGCUCGGCAGUGACAGGCAUCGAGCAGCAUCUCACCGAGAAUAUUUGUUCGGAUGUGGACACAUUGCACCGAUGGAUGAAUGUUCCUCGUGUAGAGGCAAUGUGGGCAGAAGGGGGGCCUCGAGCUGCGCAAGAGAAAUUCCUCAUUGACAACUUGACGAGCCGGCACAAAUUCCCUGUCAUCGGGUGCUGGGAUGGUAAACCAUUUGGAUAUUUCGAGAUCUACUGGGUGAAGGAAGACCGAUUGGGCCGGUUGAUGGACCACGUGGGAAACUAUGAUCGCGGAAUCCAUUUGCUUGUUGGCGAGCAGGAAUUCCGCGGCGCGCACCGUGUCGCGGUAUGGUUGAGUGCAUUGGUCCAUCAUUGUUUCCUGUCGGAUAUGCGGACCGAGUCUGUUAUUCUGGAGCCGCGCGUCGAUAACAUCAAACUCAUUAAUUACCUCCAAGAAGCGGGCUUCUAUAAAGAAGGUGAGGUUAGCUUCCCGCACAAGCAAUCCGCCAUCAUGAGAAUCAAGCGCGAGUAUUGGGAAGCGCCGGCGAUUUAA